UUUAUUCACAGGGUUUUCCCCAGGUGCCAUAGGCCCCAGUCUUAUUUCACUUGAAUUCAUCUCAGUGUAUUGAGGCAGCACUGGGCCUUAAAGCCAUAAAUCCCUGUCUAUCUUUUGUUAGGGAGACCUCUCCAUGUUGACUUCUCUUUAGGAAGCAGAGACUGAGUGACAGGGAGGGAGUGCCUUGUAGUGUUACAGAAAGCAAAGGCUGGAGGAGGAGACACCUGAUAAAGAAGAGACAGGAACUGGAGGACAAGACUAAAGAAGAAAACCAACAGAAAUUACGGGCAGAAGGGACUCCAAUCUACCCUGCUGGGCUGGAACAUCACAAAGUCGUCAGAUGUCUCCUGGGCCUACAGAAUGUGGCUGUGGCAAGGGCCUGCUAUGGAACAAGUGACAUCUCCAGUUUGACCUGAGAAGCCUGAGACAGGGUCAGUGCCCUCCAGGACGGCCAGUCAGACUCCAUGUUGGUGUCCUGGGACCACUCGAAGAUGCUGCCGAGGCUUCUUGCGUUCUCUACUCUGAGUCUCCUGGCCUGUGGAAGCCCUACCAUAGUUUCCCGAAGAGAGUGGGGAGCAAGCUCACUCACCUGCCGAGUCCCGCUGAGCCUGCCUGUGCCCUACCUCAUCAUAGAAUAGGUUACCAGAAUGCAAUGCCAAGAUCAGAUCACCUGCAGCCAGGUGGUACGGGUCCUACAGUCCCACCAUGUCCACAACAAAGGCUGGUGUGAUGUUGCCUUCAACUUUCUGGUUGGAGAUGAUGGCAAGGUGUAUGAAGGUGUUGGUUGGCAUGUCCAAGGCUUGCACACUCAAGGCUACAAUAAUGUUUCCCUGGGAAUUGCCUUCUUUGGCAGUAAGAUAGGAAGCAGCCCCAGUCCUGCUGCUUUAUCUGCUGUGGAGGACCUGAUCUUCUUUGCCAUCCAGAAUGGUUACCUGUCACCCAAGUACAUUCAGCCUUUUUUCUUAAAAGAAGAGACCUGCUUGGUUCCUCAACACUCAGAGGUACCCAAAAAAGCAUGCCCCAAUAUCACCCCACGGUCUGCUUGGGAAGCCAGAGAGACACACUGCCCUCAGAUGAACCUACCAGCCAAAUUUGUUAUCAUCAUCCACACUGCUGGGGAAAGCUGCAAUGAGUCUGCGGACUGCUUGAUUCGUGUGAGAGACACACAGUCCUUUCACAUAGACAAACAAGAUUUCUGUGAUAUUGCAUAUCACUUUCUAGUGGGUCAAGAUGGUGGAGUAUAUGAAGGAGUUGGCUGGAAUAUUGAAGGCUCUCACACCUAUGGAUACAACGAUAUUGCUCUAGGAAUUGCCUUCAUGGGAAACUUUGUAGAAAAGCCUCCAAAUGAAGCUUCACUGGAGGCAGCCCAGAGUCUGAUCCAGUGUGCUGUAGCCAAAGGGUACCUGGCCUCCAACUACCUGAUAAUGGGCCACAGUGAUGUGUCCAACAUCCUGUCCCCUGGACGGGCAUUAUACAACAUCAUCAAGACGUGGCCUCACUUCAAGCACUGAAAAAGGUCCCAGUGGGGGCUCCAAAUUCCUGGUGGGAAUUUGUCCUUAUCUCUCACUUGGCUCAGCACCUCUGUUCCCUCUCUUCUUCAAAGUGUCACCUAGUUAUCCUUUCUUGUGUUGCAAUUGCAGAGUGUUCUCUUAUGUAUAUCCUUCAAGGUCUCCUGAAGGACACUUUCAAUAAUCUACCCCAUCCCUCACAGAGAUUUAACCUGGCUGUGGUGACAUGUCUGUAAUGGAUUUUGUGUCUCUAGUUAUCUGUGCCUUGUUCUUGGAGUGCACUGAGGACCAACCAGGCAGACCUGUGUUUAUAGGUGUUGUCUGGUGUCUGUGGGUCACCUGUUGCUUGGCUGAGUCCUGAUGAACUGAGAGAGGGGGGAAGGGAGGGAAAGAGAGAGAGAAAGAGAGAGAGAGAGAGAGAGAGAGAGAGAGAGAGAGAGAGAGAGAGAGAGAGAAAGAGAAAGAGAGAACACAAAGCCUUUCUCUUCUGUUGACACCCAGUCCCCAUCAGCUCCUGCUUACCAGGGAAAAGAACUUUUUAUCAUUAUAGGGAGACAGGACUCCCCAACACCUGUCUUUGGUGCUCCUAGGAUUGGGCUUUUGCCUUUAGAGUGUUUUUACAUCGCUUAUAACCUCACAUUUACUCCAAUUGUUUAUUUAUUUUCACAGACCCUUUUCCUUGGAUGUCAUUAGAUUGACUGAGUUCAUGUGUCAUUUUCCCUAAAGCAUCCCAGGAAUGUAAUCAGGAAAAAAUUAGUUGUCUAGUGGUUAAGACUUAGGAAAGACACACCAGCCACUCCUGAUUUGCACAGCAGGGAUAGAUAAAAUGCAAACCUCUUUCGGUCAGAGACUCUCUCGAUAGCAUAGUCCUUUCUGUGUGGUUGGAGGCUGGGUACAGACUUCCCAGCAAAGGGGAAUUUAACACUUCUCAUACAGGAAGUAGUCAUAGUUGUAGUCAUGAGAUGAUAAGAACAAGUCUCACCCAAAGGCACCUGCCAGGUUUUAAAAGAACCUCUUGACAUUCAUGUACUAGAAACCCAGUCUCUAAUAAUCAGUAGUGAUGACAGAUGGACCUUUUUAGAUGCAACUAAUUAUUAAUAUUGUUACUGUAAGAGUGAGUUUGUUAAUAAAAUGAGUGUGCUCCCCCA